AAAAUGGCGGCCUCCAUAGUAUAUAAUUUAUCUAGAGCACGUUCCAUUUCAAAGCUCCUGAAUUCUACAGUACCUGUACUGGUACCAGCAUGCUCAUUAAACAAAGGAAUAAAAGCAAGAACUAGGUCUUACAAAGAAAAUGAAAAUAAAAAAGUAUGGACUCCAAAAGCAAGGAAAGUGGUUUUGGAGGAGAAGAAACAAGACACAGAGUUUUUAUCAAGAGUUCCUGAUGAUACUGUUUAUUUUCUGGACUUCUUUCCAGAAACUGAAUUUUCAUUAAAGGAUGCUAUCAAACUGCAGCUGGAUUAUGCAGAUCCUAUGAUUCUGAACAAUAUUGAGGGAGUUGUAUAUUUAGAUGUCAUCUGUAACAUGAAAACUAAGAAGCAGACCAAAUUUAUAUCAGAAUUCUCAGAAAGGUUAUUUUUACCUCACAGUUUUGAAGUUGAGUGUCCAAGAAGAUGUUUAGUUUUCUGUAAGACAGAGGAGGAUAUGUCAACUGCACAAAAGUUAGGGGCAGUUUAUGUUGGGGAUGAAUCACUUUUACAGAGGCUGGACCGUAAGAAAGGAGAUUUGACAAGAAAUGACUUUGACCUAGUUCUCUGUAUCCCAGAAAUGCAAGAGGCACUAUUUCCUUUGCGGAAUCACGUGUUGAAAGGCAUAUACCCAUCAGCAGAAACAUUUACACUGGGUACAGAUAUUGAACAGAUGAUGCUUAAACAAAAGGACUGUAUUUCCUAUACGUGUAAGAAGGAGGGACCAACGGGAAGAAUUCAAAUUCCUAUUGGAAAGUUAAGCAUGGGGAUAGAAAAGAUUGUGGAUAACUUUGACUAUUUCUUCACAUCUCUGUUACAACAUCCCAAAGCAGCUCAAGUCAAGCCAGGAGAAAAUUUUGUGACUUCUGCACGAUUACUUGUUCCACCGUGUGCUGAGCAGCUAAAGUUAAAAGAUGAGGAACUUCAACGAUUUGUGACGUCUACUUCUAAUAAACGAAAAUCACAGAAAGACACUCAAAAGGAAGAAGAAGAACAAGAAGAUAUGCUUGAAGAAAUCAAAUAGUGAAUUUAUAAUGUAAUAUUUUUUGUUAAAAAUAAA